GAGGUGUCUGUGUGGAUUUUAACUGUGGGUAUUGCCUUCUCCAGACGUGCCCCGAAAAGCAGCAGCACAGGAGCUGGGCAAGCUUCAUCCGGCUGCGAGUUCAUGUGACCUCACCUUGCCAGUUUGGCCUGCAGAGCAGAACCCAAGGCUGUCACCUCUUAGCCUGUGCUCCGUGCUCAACUCCUGCGACUUCAGUUAGCUGAAACAGGUUCCCCAAGGCACCAGAGGCCGGGAGAAGAAUGCUCAGAGGCCGGUCCUUAUCUGUGACUUCCCUGAGUGGGCUCCCUGUGUGGGAAGCCGAAAGACUCCCCGUCGAAGACUUACUGCUCUUUGAAGUCUCUUGGGAGGUGACCAACAAAGUUGGGGGCAUCUACACUGUGAUUCAGACCAAGGCCAAAACAACAGCAGAUGAAUGGGGAGAAAACUACUUUCUGAUAGGUCCAUAUUUUGAACAUAAUAUGAAAACUCAAGUAGAGCAGUGUGAACCAACCAACGAUGCUGUCAAAAGAGCCAUGGAUGCAAUGAACAAACACGGCUGCCAGGUGUACUUUGGAAGAUGGCUGAUAGAAGGGAGUCCCUACGUGGUGCUUUUUGACAUCAGCUCUUCAGCAUGGAACCUGGACAGGUGGAAGGGUGACUUCUGGGAAGCAUGUAGCGUUGGCAUUCCUCAUCAUGACCGAGAAGCCAACGACAUGCUUAUAUUUGGGUCUUUAACUGCCUGGUUCUUAAAAGAGGUGACAGACCACGUGGACGGCAAACAUGUCAUUGCCCAAUUCCAUGAAUGGCAGGCUGGAACUGGGCUGGUCCUUUCCCGUGCCAGGAAACUUCCCAUCGCCACAAUAUUUACAACCCAUGCCACACUGCUUGGGCGGUAUCUCUGUGCAGCAAAUAUUGACUUCUACAACCAGCUUGACAAGUUCGACAUAGACAAGGAGGCAGGGGAGAGGCAGAUUUACCACCGCUACUGCAUGGAGCGGGCCUCGGUGCACUGCGCGCAUGUGUUCACCACCGUGUCAGAAAUCACAGCCAUCGAGGCGGAGCACAUGCUGAAGCGGAAGCCAGAUGUAGUAACUCCAAAUGGCUUGAAUGUUAAGAAGUUUUCUGCAGUGCAUGAAUUUCAAAAUCUCCAUGCCAUGUACAAGGCCAGAAUCCAGGAUUUUGUUCGGGGUCAUUUCUAUGGUCACUUGGAUUUUGAUCUGGAAAAGGCGUUAUUCCUUUUCAUUGCUGGGAGGUAUGAGUUCUCAAACAAAGGAGCUGACAUCUUCUUGGAAUCCUUAUCCAGGCUUAAUUUCCUCCUAAGGAUGCAUAAGAGCAACGUCACUGUGGUGGUGUUUUUCAUCAUGCCUGCCAAGACAAACAAUUUCAACGUAGAAACCCUGAAGGGCCAGGCGGUGCGGAAACAGCUGUGGGACACUGUGCAUUCCUUGAAGGAAAAGUUUGGAAAGAGGCUUUACGAUGGGUUAUUGAGAGGAGAAAUUCCUGACAUGAAUACCAUCUUGGAUCGAGAUGACUUAACAAUUAUGAAAAGAGCCAUUUUUUCAACUCAGAGACAGUCCUUGCCUCCUGUUACCACUCACAACAUGAUUGAUGACUCCACGGAUCCAAUUCUCAGCACCAUUAGACGGAUCGGACUUUUCAACAACCGUGCAGACAGAGUCAAGGUGAUUUUACACCCUGAAUUCCUGUCCUCCACCAGCCCGCUACUACCCAUGGAUUAUGAAGAGUUUGUCCGGGGUUGUCAUCUUGGGGUGUUUCCAUCUUACUAUGAACCCUGGGGUUACACUCCAGCCGAAUGCACGGUGAUGGGCAUCCCAAGUGUGACAACAAACCUCUCCGGCUUUGGCUGUUUCAUGCAAGAGCAUGUGGCUGACCCUACAGCGUAUGGUAUUUACAUCGUCGACAGGCGCUUCCGAUCUCCAGACGAUUCUUGCAAUCAACUGACUCAGUUUCUCUACGGGUUUUGCAAACAGUCACGCCGUCAAAGAAUCAUCCAGAGGAAUCGCACAGAAAGGCUCUCCGAUCUUCUGGACUGGAGAUACCUAGGCAGAUAUUACCAGCAUGCCAGACACAUGACUCUGAGCAGAGCUUUUCCAGACAAAUUCCAUCUGGAGCCCACCUCACCUCCAGUGACGGAUGGGUUUAAGUAUCCCAGGCCCUCCUCAGUUCCCCCUUCUCCGUCGGGAUCUCAGACCUCCAGUCCUCAGGGCAGUGAUGUGGAAGAUGAAGAUGAGGACGAAAGAUACGACGAGGAAGAGGAGGCUGAGAGGGAUCGGCUAAAUAUCAAGUCACCGUUUUCUCUGAACCACGUUCCUAAGGGGAAGAAAAAGCUUCAUGGGGAGUAUAAAAGCUGACCCGGAGCAAACAAAGUCAGAAUGGCUCUCGGAGAGAGUGAAAAUGCGCGACUCCCCUUUUCUUCUGAAAAUCGCAAUGGAAUAUGCUCUCUGGCCACGAAGAAUGGAGGAGAUUAAGUGAAUGACAGUUUUGUAAUUUGGGAUGAAGCAUUUUAAUCUUCAAGUCUUGUUUUCCUUGUGAAUUUAAAGAUGAGGAAGGUUUUUGAAGUGGCAGGACUGGGGACAUUUUAAUGAUAGUUAAAUUAGUUAGAGAUGGUGACUCAUACCUUUAACCUUAGCACUCAGAUGGCUGCGGCAGAACGAUUGUCCUCAUAUCAAGGCCAGACUGGGUUAAAGAGUAAGACAUUACACACACACACACACACACACACACACACACACACACACACACACACAGUUAACGCAAAUGAUCAGAAAUUUUUAGCUUCUUUUUCUUGUCCAAAAAUCAUCAUCAUAAUCUUUUGAUUAAUAUUUAUGGAAGCUUCUAUACUCCAAGCAAACCUCUUCCAGCAAAGACUGAUUCUUAACUAUAACUGCAUGACUCACAUAUUUUAAAUAAAAAGACUUUGUUAUUCAUUUGUCAUGUGCCUUAAAGUCAUGAAUUUCUAUCUUGCUCUGCAGAUGAUUGUCAAAAUCCAUGAGAAAACAAACUACCCCAAAUCCGUGUUCUAUGUAGUCCAGUGGAUAUUUACCACAUGACGUUGGAAGUCCAGAAUUUGUGUCCAGAUCGUUGAUAAUAAGAUGUUACCACCAACGUGUGUCCUCUUAUUGUAACAGGACUUUUGUUGUUUAAAUGGAAAUUUCAAUCUUUUGUAGAUAAUUAUUAAUUGCCAAAUCCAAAUGAAUAAAUGUGUCACUAUUUACAAAUUUUA